AUGAUCCAACUUGCAAGUAUUGGACUGGAGGGAAAGCUAGAGACUCUCAACUUCUUUGCUCUGCCAUCAGUUCGGCUUCUCGACCUCAAACAGAACCAUCUCCAUGGAUCCAUUCCUGCAGCAAUUUCAGCUCUUUCCAAGCUCACCGCCAUUGCUCUCUCUGACAACAAUCUCACAGGCAUCAUCCCAUCAGAGCUUGGUAACUUGACAAGACUCAACUUAUUGUGGCUCUCUCAGAAUCAGUUAAGUGGCUCCAUACCUCCAACUUUGGGUAAUCUUACUAAUCUUCAGUCAUUGAGAUUGUCCACAAACAAGCUUUCAGGCACUAUUCCUUUGGAGGUUUGUAUUCUUGUGAAGCUGAGAAGGUUAUCCAUCUCCAGAAAUUUUUUGGUAGGUUCCAUCCCACAUGAGAUUGGAUAUUUGGUUAAUCUUAAUAUACUUCAUCUCUCAAGUAAUAGUUUCACAGGAUCUGUUAGAUAA